UAGUUAUUGGUUGGCUAAAUUCCCGAUUGCCAAUUAAAGACAUAUUUAUUUACAAUAGAAUUAAACCGAUAAAAGCCACACCCAAUUUAAAAGUCCGCCACAUACCAGGAAGUCAAAACCCCUCAGACCUGGGCACACGCGGAAUCACAAAACCAAGUGAAUUGUUUAAAAAUGAUUUAUGGCUACAUGGACCAAUUUGGUUGUCGUGUGCAACAAGUUCCUGGCCAAAAGAAAAUGCCGAAAUUCAAACAUUCUCAUCGAAUGAUUACAAACCAGUACUAGAAACAACAGAAACACAACCGAUAAUGACAUUCCACUCUACACAAACAAAACCGACGCCCCUAAUGGAAAUAAAUAAAUUUUCUCGUUUGCCAAAACUCCUUCGUGUUACUGCGUAUGUUUUGAGAUUUAUUGCUUAUAAUGGACACCCUUCAAUUUCCCCAUUUUUGAAAAAAUACCCAAGAAUUAAGACUUUAAACAUAUCCAUCCGAGAACUACGCUCGGCUUUGAAAAUUCUCAUUAAAAAAGAACAAGAGUAUUACCCUCCAUCAGAACAAGAAAAAAAUUCAUUAGGCUUAUUUAACGAUGAAAAUAAUUUAAUGAGAGCAAAUGGCAGGUUAGGAAAUAGUAAUCUCCCACAAAAUACUAUAUUGCCAUUAUACCUUCCAGCCAACUCUCAUCUCACAAAAUUACUAAUUUAUGAAAUCCAUAUCUUAAAUCAUCAUGCCAGCCCCCUCUCAGUACUUUCAAUGAUUAGAAGAGAAUUUUGGAUACCACGUGGCAGACGGGUUGUACAACACACUCUUUAUUUAAGUUGUCUACCCUGUCGCAGAUUUAAUUCCGUGCCAUUUAACCGCCCACCAUUUCCACAACUCCCAGAAGACAGAGUGACACCAUCCCGUCCAUUUUCCGCCAUAGGGUUAGAUUAUUGCGGACCACUACGAUUAAAAUAUGCUGAUACAAAUAAUCAAAAAUUUUACAUUCUUUUGUGGGUUUGUCUAACAACCCGUGGAAUAUGCUUAGACUUAGUCCCAAAUCAAUCCGCCCAACAAUUUUUACUGGCUUAUCGUAGAUUUUCUGCCAAAUUUAGCCCUCCCACAGUCAUUUAUUCCGAUAGCGCUCCAACAUUUGUCUCGUUUAAAAAUUCCCUAAAAACUUACCCACCAACUUGGAACCUCCGAGUACCAUAUGCGGCUUGGAGAGGAGGUCACUAUGAAAGAUUUGUGGGUCUAAUAAAAUUUCAUCUCCGCCGCACCCUAUCAACCGGAAUUAUUCCAAAAAUUUUUACCUUUGAAGAAGCGCUAACAAUAAUCGGAGAAAUUGAAAAUAUUAUAAACCACCGGCCAAUAACCUUCGAUUCAACCGACCCAAAUGAAAUACGGCCAUUACGUCCAAUUGAUUUUAUACGUCCCCUAAACAAAAAUAUUUCCCCAAUCUCCAACUUAUGCCCACAACCCCACCCUCUCGAAAUAAACAGUAACACAAUUUCCCUUCAAAAAUUAUGGAAAACUUUAACAAAAACAAGCCAAAAAUUUUGGAAACAAUGGGCCCAAGAAUAUAUAUUAUCACUCCGGGAAAGGCAUAAAAAGUUGACAAAUAAUUCAAGCCGGAGCCCCAUCCCAGGGGAACUUGUCAUCGUUGUUGAAAAUUCCCCCGUCUCCGUUUGGAGAACAGCAAUAAUUGAGAAAAUACAGUGUAAUAAAGAUAACAUUCCCGAUAUCGCAACCAUUCGUUUCUCAUCCGGCCGAAGAACAAAUCGCUCAAUUAGUCACCUCUGUCCUUUAGAAACAACAGAUGAAAUUAAUAACAGAAUAAAUCUCCCAGCUAAUCCCACAAAAGAAAAUAAAGAAAUUACAACAACACUUUCCCAAUAA